AUGCUGCACAGUGGUAAAAACAAAAACCAUAAACCCUCUUUUGUUUUUUUUUUGGGUUCGAACUCAACUCAGAUCGGAUCCAAAUCAAUGGGGUCCGACUUCGAAUUAACGAGCCACCGCUCUUGGAUACUCCUCGCGAUUCUGCUUGCCGUUGCCGCAGCUCCGCCAACAACCGUCACUGCUAACAUCGCCGCCGAUUCCAUUCAAGGCUGCGGCGGAUUCGUCGAGGCGAGUAGAGCUCUGAUCAAGUCAAGGAAGCCAACUGAUGCUAAAUUGGACUACUCUCACAUUACGGUUGAACUCCGUACGUUGGAUGGGUUGGUUAAGGAAAGGACACAGUGUGCUCCAAAUGGAUAUUACUUUAUUCCUGUUUAUGACAAGGGUUCGUUUCUUAUUAAGAUCAAGGGGCCUGAGGGAUGGUCGUGGAAACCAGAACAAGUUCAGUAUAUGAUAUUCUUAUUGCUUGCUUUCGGUUUCAGUAGAUGUAUACAUGUAUUCUGUAAAUUUAAUAACAUGAUAUUAUGUUGGUAUAGGUACCUGUUGCCAUUGAUAGCACUGGUUGCAACGGAAACGAAGAUAUCAACUUUCAGUUCACGGGGUCUGUUCUUGUUAAUGAAUGCUUCCCAUCUUCAUAUACUAGGCUCCUCUUUCCACCAUCAGUUUAAACCAACUUCAUUGAGCUAUUAUUAUUGCAGUUUCACUAUUUCUGGAAGAGUUGUGGGAGCGGUUGGUGGAGAGAGCUGCCCAAAUAAGAAUGGAGGUCCAUCAAAUGUUAAAGUGGAGCUUUUGUCCCCCUCCGGUGAAGUUAUGUCUUCUGUUUCCACAACAUCAACAGGAAGUUACACAUUUGCGGACGUUGUUCCAGGGAAAUAUAAAUUGCGUGCUUCACGGGAUGAUUUAAAUAUUGAAGUCAGAAGUUCUCCAGAGGUGGAAUUGGGUUUUGGUAAUGUUCUGGUAGAUGAUAUUUUCUUUGUCUCUGGUUAUGAAAUUCGUGGAUCUGUAGUUGCUCAGGGGAAUCCCAUACUGGGAGUUCAUGUGUAUUUGUACUCGGAUGACGUUUCAGAGUUGGAUUGCCCGCUUGGCGCUGGUGAAGCACCUGGACUAGGAAAAGCUCUUUGUCAUGCUACUUCUGAUGCUGCUGGAAUGUUCCAAUUCCAUUCAAUACCGUGUGGGGUCUACAAGCUUGUGCCUUUUUACAAGGGUGAGAAUACAGUUUUUGAUGUGUCACCACCGUCUAUGUUGGUCACUGUUGGACAUGAUCAUGCAAAAAUCAUUCAAAAAUUUCAGGUAACUGGAUUUUCUGUUGGAGGCCGUGUAGUUGAUGGGACUGGCAUGGGAGUUGAUGGCGUAAAGAUUUUAGUAGAUGGCGAGGAAAGAUCUCUCACUGAUAAAGAAGGGUACUACAAACUCGACCAGGUUACAUCUAAAAGGUACACUAUCGAAGCAAGGAAGGAGCACUACACUUUUGGCGAAUUGGUUGACUUUAUGGUUUUGCCAAACAUGGCCUCACUUGCUGAUAUCACAGCUGUGUCCUAUGACAUAUGUGGCACUGUACAGACGGUUAGUGCUGAUUACAAGACAAAGGUCGCUUUGACUCAUGGUCCAGAGAAUGUUAAACCUCAAGUGAAGCAGACUGAUAACGAUGGAAACUUUUGUUUUCAGGUUCCACCCGGCGAGUAUCGAUUAUCUGCCUUCGCAUCUACACCAGAGAAUGCUCCAGAGUUGUUGUUGUCUCCUUCUCAUGUUGACAUCAAAGUCAGCAGUCCCAUACUGAAUGUUAACUUUUAUCAGGCGCAAGUAAAUGUACAUGGCUCUGUCGUGUGCAAAGAAAGAUGCGGUUCGUCUAUCUCUGUCAAACUUGUCAAGGUGGAUGGUAAAGGUAAAGAGAAAGCAAAGACCAGUAGUCUGACUGGUCAGAGUAAUGAGUUUAUGUUCCUGAAUAUCCUACCUGGAAAAUACAGGAUAGAGGUCAAGAAUGAUUCUCCGGAAGCCAGGUCGAGAGAGGAUAAAUGGUGUUGGGAACGUAGUUCCAUUGAUGUAGACAUUGCAACUGAGGAUGUUAAAGGAAUUGUUUUUGUUCAAAAAGGCUAUUGGGUCAAAGUGAUUUCCAGCCAUGACGUGAAUGCUCAAUUAACCCAACCAGAUGGUUCUCUCAUGGACUUGAAUAUCAAGAAAGGCACACAGAACAUAUGCGUUGAGUAUCCUGGCGUGCACGAGCUUCACUUUGUCAACUCAUGUAUUCACUUUGGAAGUUCUCCAGUGAAAAUUGACACUUCUGACUCGUCACCUUUAUAUUUGAAAGGAGAGAAGUAUCUUCUAAAAGGACAUAUUCAUGUGGAUUCGAAGUCAGUCAUCACACCAGAGACCAUUGCAGUUGACAUCUUUAACAAUGAUGGUGUUUUAGUUGAUACUGUUACGGCAGGUUAUCUUCCUGACGGAAGUGAUCACUCAAAUGAUGCUGUUUUUGAAUAUUCACUAUGGGCUGUUCCUGCCGAAAAGUUCACAUUUGUCCCUAAAGACUCGCGCGAAAAUGCGGCAAAGAAACUUUUAUUUUAUCCCAGGCAGCAGGAGGUGUCGGUGAAGCAAGAAGCCUGUCAGGAUGAGCUUCCUCCUUUCUCUGGGCGUCAUGGGAUGUACAUUGAAGGGUCAGUUUCUCCUCCUCUUUCUGGUGUUCAUAUCAGAGCAUUAGCAGCUGGAGACAGCAUCAAUGCUGCUUUGAGACGAGGUGAUUUAGCCCUUGACACUAGCACAGAUGCAAAUGGUUUGUUUGUGGCUGGCCCUUUGUACGAUGAUAUAGAAUACACGAUUGAGGCUUCAAAGCCUGGGUAUCACGUGAAGCCCGUUGGUCCUUACUCGUUUUCUUGUCAAAAGCUUGGACAAAUCUCUGUGGCUAUCUAUUCUAAUAAUGAUGCAAAUGAGCCUUUUCCGUCUGCUCUCUUAUCAUUGAGUGGCGAGGACGGCUACAGAAACAAUUCCGUGACUGGAGUAGGGGGGCAUUUUCUGUUUGAGAAUCUAUUUCCAGGGAGUUUUUACCUCCGACCUUUGUUAAAGGAGUAUGCUUUCUCACCUUCGGCACUCGCAAUUGAACUAGGUUCAGGUGAAUUUAGGGAGGUCGUAUUUCAUGCCACCCGUGUUGCGUACAGUGCACUGGGAACAGUUACUCUCCUCUCUGGUCAACCAAAAGAAGGAAUUUCAGUAGAAGCUAGAGCAGAGUCAAAAGGUUUUUAUGAAGAGGCGGUUACAGAUUCUUCUGGGAGUUAUCGUUUAAGGGGACUCCUACCUGACACGAGCUACGUAAUCAGGAUAGCAAAGAAGGCUGACUAUAGUAGCAGCCGUAUUGAACGGGCCUCUCCGGAGUCAAUUGCCAUUAAGGUUGGAUCACAGGACAUCAAACAAUUAGAUUUUGUUGUUUUUGAACAUCCAGAAAUGACAAUUUUGAGUGGCCACGUCGAGGGGAAGGGAAUCAAGGAGCUGCAUCCUCAUCUUCAGGUGAAAAUCAUGUCAGCUGGCGAACCAGUUAGGACUGAAGCUGUCGUUCCCUUGCCUUUAUCAAACUUCUUCCAGGUGAAAGACUUGCCUAGGGGAAAGCAUCUUAUCCAGCUUCAAUCCACUCUACCAGCUAGUACACACAGGUUCCAUUCCGAGGUUAUCGAGGCUGACUUACAGAAUCAGAGCCAGGUUCAUAUCGGUCCUAUCAGGUUCAACAUUGAAGAGGAUCACCAGAAGCAGGAACUAACGACGGCUCCUGUAUACCCUCUGAUCGCCGGAGUUACAGCAAUUGCAUUGUUCAUUAGCAUGCCAAGAAUAAAGGACUUGUACCAAGCUCUAGUGGGAAUGGCGGCGGGAUCAGUUGCGGCCGCGGCUGUAAAGAAAGAUGCAAAAAAGCCACUGCAAAGAAAGAAGACAUACUGA